CGUCCCACGAAGCGCCACCGGCUUUCUAACGGAAAACAUACGUUUCGUAUUUGUUACGACACGAGAUCGAAGUGGACGGCCGUUUUGUUUUCCAUUUUCGAUAAAGCAUACGAUUUAACAAUAUAAUAUGGCCAAUCCAAAUCUAACGGAUAUGACGGAGGAAGAUGCGGCGGAUUUGCAGUUCCCUAAAGACUGCUCGUCGAAUAGAACAGAGAAUAUUGGCCAUGACAUAGAACUCGUCGAGGUGUCAGUCGUGAAGGACGAAAUCCUUACUUCAGAUCCAAUCUGUUGCGCGUGCAAAACCAAUCUGAGAGAGCCUUAUGUGAGGUGUGCGGCCUGCGUCAAUGUGGAGUUGUGUCCUUCAUGUUUCUCCAAGGGAUGGGAAAUGGGUGAACACAGGAACUAUCACGAUUACGUUAUCGCCAAGAAUGAAUUCGAACUGGUAGAUGGUAGCGGUUGGACAGCGAAGCAAGAGUUGGAAUUAUUAAAUGUUGUUCAAGAAUGCGGCUUUGGUAAUUGGGUUGACGUGUCCAAAAGAAUAGACGGCAAGUCUACGGAGGAAUGUAAGGCGCAUUACUUGGAGAACUACGUAGAUAAUCAGACCCUGCCCGGAUUACCAAAGAUUAAUGAAACUAGAGGCAGUUUAUUUGCUUCCGAGCCUAUACCGUAUUAUUACAAAUUGCACGAUUUGGAGGAACCACCUAGAUUUGCCACGGAUACCCUCAAUUGUAGAAUGUUAGCCGGAUAUAAUGCCGCGAGGUCCGACUUUGAAGUGAACUUUGAUAAUCACGCGGAACUACUCGUAUCCGAUUUAAAUUACGAUCAAUUUGAUUCGGACGAUUCGGACUACGAAUUGGGAAGGUCUUUGCAAGUAGCUAUCGUUGAGGCUUACAACAAUAGAUUGAAGGAACGUAAGAGACGAAGGAAGAUCAUACGAGAUCACGGAUUAAUAGCGAUAAGGAGAACGAUAUCUUGGUUGCAGAGGUACGAAUGUACGAUAACGCGUACUCUUGCAGAGAGGCUGUUAAUUUUCAUGCAACUCAUGGGGGGAAUGGAUUUCGAUUAUCUUAUGGAAGGGCUUCAUCGCGUUGGCGAACUUAAAAAUUAUAUCAAUAAACUCGUCGACUUUCGUAUCAACGGUAUAAGAUGUUUUCAUAGUGUUUCGAUAUUUCAAAAAUUAUCGAAACUACGCCAGGAGAAUGAGAGAGAUAGAAAGCAAUAUUUAAAUAAUCCAGAAUAUAGUUGGAAGAGCGUAUUACCGGAUAACGUUGCGAAUUCUAAUAUAUCGAUGGGACAUAAUAUACCGCAGAGAAGAGCGGCCCCGCCUCUCGCAAUUAACGGCCUGCCAGGCUAUGAAAGGCUUACCAGCGAUGAAAAGCUAUUGUGUUCCGUGACAAGGGUGGUACCGGCGAGCUAUUUGGAUUACAAACAUAUAUUAAUUACGGAAAAUAAAAAAUGUGGUUCUCUGCGUUUGGCACAAGCUCGCGUUCUUCUUAAAAUCGAUGUUAAUAAAACGCGUAAGAUAUAUGAUUUCUUGGCGGACGAAGGAUAUAUAAAUAAACCAAAUUAAUGAUUUCUAAUGGCACGAUAACGUGUAUCGGACGAUACUAAAUACGCAAUUCGAGAACGCGGAAACGCUGUUAAUAUCCGAAGUAUACAUGCUGCUGGAACAUAGGAAAGCUCAAAACGAGUCCGCGGAAGAGGAACAAGAAUUUUCGGAAGUCUUUAUGAAGAGUUUAACGUAUACUAAUCGAUUUGG